UGAUGAUUGUGGAAAAAAAAACAUCGUGUUGCAGUCGUUGCAGUGCAUUGAAUCUGAGUCAAAGAAAAUAGUUUUUCUCGAGUAAAAAUCUAUAAAUUUCAUUUUUUUUAAAUUCUUGUGAGGUGAAACAUAGCUCAUUGUUUCGAAAUACCGUGAAGUGCCCGUGGGAAGAAAGCAUUUGUGUGAAAUAAAUCGCUUGGAAAUUUUUCCUCCAAACAACGCUGUGAGCUGCUGACUGGAAAGAUGGCCGACCAGGACGCAAACGGAUACAAUGACGAGGCAAGCGAUUUCAAGCGGAAACAGAACCGCCCCCAGCAGGACCAGGAGCAGGACAUGGACGACGACCGGGAAUCGCAACAGCAAUCUCAGAAGGCACAGGAAUACAUUAAGGGAAUGAUGAGCGAGCGGCAGCAGUUGGAUCGAAAGUAUCCGAUUGCCGACCGGCUGCUGGAAGUUGAAAUUGAGAAUGUGCAAAAGACUGGAAAGCCUCCGGCGCGGCGGUACAUCGACAUCUACCGGGAGAAGCACAUCAAGGUGUCGGUGAAGAUUCUGGUUCCGGUUAAGGAGCACCCGCGGUUUAAUUUCGUCGGAAAGCUGCUGGGUCCGAAGGGAAACACGUUGAAGCGUCUCCAGGAGGAUACGAUGUGUAAAAUGGCCAUUUUGGGCCGAGGAUCGAUGAAGGAUCGCAAAAAGGAGGAGGAGCUGAGGUCGGGAAUGGACCCGAAGUACGCCCACCUGAUGGACGACCUGCAUGUGGAGGUGAACGCAAAUGGUCCUCCAGCGGAGGUUUAUGCCCGGAUUGCCUACGCGAUGGCCGAGCUGCGCAAGUACCUGAUUCCGGACAGUAACGACUUCAUCCGGCAGGAGCAGAUGCGCGAACUGAUGGAGGACUCCGAAGCGGAAGUUCCACCGAAGAAGCCUUACAAGAAACCGAUGCCGGUGGAAGUGCCUGCUCCGCCACCGCAGACCAUCCCCGUGGCUAGACCGAUGCCGGCGCAGAAGAAGGUGCUCUCCAUACUGGACAAGGCACGGGCGGCGAUGGAGGAUAUCCACGGACCCAGACCGAUGCCCCCGGCCCGUUACGAAGAACCGGCCUACGAACACGGUUACGAAACAAGCUACGCCUACCAUCAACCUGGACCUCCGCCGCCCCGUGCCAAAUACGCCCCGGAAGCACCCGAAUACGAACAGGAAUACCGUCGUGAGUACUACCGAGAGCCGGCCCCGUACGCAGCUGCACCGAAGCCUGCCACGAUCAGCCCAAGUGGUCGCCCCUGGAAGCCGUCGUCUUAUGCAGCGCCCCCACGCGGAGUUCACCCCUCAGAGGAGAUCCCCAUGAAGCACGGUGGUGUCCGCGAAGUCAUGCCGCGGUACCGACAUGCGCCGUACUCUCGUCCGGCGAAAUAAAAACCUUUAAAAUCGUCAAACGGUGAUGAUGCUGUGCGGGUAGCACCUGCGCUAGCAACUCAAAAUCGAAUAAAAACACACAAAGAGCUAACAUUGUAAUACUGAAAUCGCAAACAGGGGAAAUUUAAAUAGAGGAAACUAAUCGAAAAAGCGUCAAGAGAAAAGUUUGGUCGUAAUUUAAGCUUGACAAAACAGGAGAAAUAAUCCAUUGGGUGUGAACUUGCUGAUUUAAAAUAAUAACUAUAACAUAUAAACUCUAAAACGAUAUUUGACAUUUGAAAUAUUACAUAAAAGUAAAAUCAACAGUAAACAAAUAAUACGAGAUAAAUAGUAUUGCGAUGUUUUGCGAAUGCGCAAUUAUUAUAACUAUUGAAUUUGCAAAUGUCUGCUUAAAAACAAGUUAAUCACACAUUAAAAUACAACAUAAUACUUGAUAUAAAAAUAUAUGAAUAUGAGCCAUUAUAAAAGUUAACACUUAUCUUCGUAAAAAAAAAGUUUCUAUUCUUCACUUAGUUUCAGAGACUAGGGAAGUAGGUUCACUUUUGAAAACUAAUAUUGUACUACAAAUCCGGAAUUCUGCUUUCGAUAACAAAUAAAAGCAAAUACAUAUAAAUAUGAUGACAUCUCGUUGUAGUGGAUCAUAAUAGAAAGCGAAAAAGUUUAAACAAAGUAUGUAUUGAACAAUAAAAUACUUACAAUUAAUGAAAUAAACCAGAUCCAUCAACUGACGAAGCAAAUAACGAGUAAAUCACAAAAUCUAUCCAAUAAUAAACAUAACUUUUCAGAUAAGGUAAAUUACAAAUCUAAAUAAUCAAUAAUAAAAAUAAUAUUCACACAAAUAUGCAAAAGAUUAUCCAACAAAAAGUAACCACAUCAGCGAAAAAAAACAUCAAAAAGACAUGUUGCUAAUAAACGUCUCCCAUCUCGGAAGAACGACACCCAAAA